UUGUAGCAUAUCAAAACAGUGAGGAACCCAAAGUCUUCUUUCAAUUCAGAAGGGUUAUAGCCACAGCAGCAGUUUGAGCUUCAUGAUAUUGAUUCACAAAUAGCUGAAAGAGGCUGCAAAUGUCUUAGAAUACCACAUCUCAAAUGGAAUAGAUAUAAGCUAAGGCUUUAAGGAAGAAUGUACUCAAGAGCUGAAGAAUGCCAACCAGAAUGGAACGUUUGAUGGUCCUUUUGUGCUCUUUGUUGUUCUGCCCAUCACAGAACCUGCCUGUCAAGCUACCUCAAUCACUUGAUGAAAAGGAUGACAUUGUAAUGCAAUUCGUGAUAGACCCAGACAAACCAGAGAAUGAUUCAGCAACUGGACAGAAUGAUCUUGGCAAAGAGAAGAUGUAUCCUGUUGAUCUAAUUCUGAAGAUAAACAGUCAAUUUGAAGAAAAUGUGUCUGAAGAUGUGUCCAUCAUCUUUGGAGAUAUUGCUGUUUAUAAUCGACUAGGAAAUGCAGACCAGUGUGCUUCCAACAAAUGUCAUUGGCGUAAAUCUAAAGAUGGAAAUGUCUACAUUCCAUACCAACUGUCACCAUUGUUCAGAAGUGAUGACAGAGACAUUAUACUUGGUGCAAUGAAAGCCAUAGAGAAAGCAACCUGCAUUCGGUACAGACGACAGUCACGACAGAAAUACUACCUUUCGAUUAAACCACUUGAUGGAUGCUGGUCCUAUGUAGGAAGACAACAUAAAGAACAAGAACUCUCCCUUGGUACAGGAUGUGUUUAUCAUGGAAUUGUCCAACAUGAACUUCUGCAUGCUUUGGGCUUUCACCACGAACAGAGCCGCAGUGACCGGGAUAGCUAUGUUAACAUCUACUUUGAAAACAUUAAAGAGGAUAAGAAAAAUAACUUUAAAAAAGUGGAAACCAAUAAUCUCGGAACAGACUAUGAUUAUGGCUCAAUCAUGCACUAUGGAAAGGAUGCCUUCUCUAAGAAUGGAAAGCCAACUAUUUUACCUAAACCAAAUCCCAAUACAGCGAUAGGACAACGACUAGACCUGAGUGAUACAGACAUAAAGAAGAUCAUUACACUCUACGAAUGCUGAAUCACCUGCUAUCACUGUUAACAAAUGGAGACAUCUUUUGGACUGCAGAGAACGCUACUAACACAGCUGUCACCAAUUACAAGAAACUCAGUAAAAUGCUUUGCAAUUUUCAGAAGACAUUUAUUAAGCACAAGAAUGCAUAUUUUUCAAGACUAAUGAGCAUUAUCAUUUAUUUCAAUAUUCUUUUAUGUCUUUAACUUGUAAACUCAUAAUCUUGCACAGCCCAUCUAUAGAUAUUGUCUCAUGUAUUUGCUUUUAAUAAAUGUAACUGCUUGCAAAAAUAAAAUGGAUGCAAUAUCAGUGCAUAUGAUGGUUUUAUGGCUCUUGUAAAUCAUUUUAUGGGUAGACAGACCAUCAACAAAAGUUUCUUACUACCUGCAAAUGUUUCAUAACUGAAAAAGA